AUGUUAAUAUCCAACGCGCCCAUCUCUGCAGCUACCAUUCCGAGCAAAACUUAUGAAAAUCCAUGAUCCACAAGUGAGGACAGAUCAGGUGAAGAAAAGGAUCUUUGCUCAAAGCGGCUGUCUAGGAGUUGUCAUGGAGGCUAAGCAGGAAGUACCGGCUGUGUGGAGCCAGGCCGCUGACCACAACGCCAGCAGCUCUGCUCAGGUAAGCUUUGAGGGUGGCGCAGUGGCGCAAAUCGUCUACACCGGGGGCCAUCAGGAGCAGUCCCCGCAACAGGUGGUCUACGCCACUGAUGGCGGUUCCUACGCGUCCGUGGAGUCAGCCGAGCACACGCUGGUCUAUAUCCACCCCGCCGACGGGACCCAGACUGUGUUCACAGACCAGGGGCAGCUGGCGUACAUACAGCAAGAUGGCACCACGCAACAGGUGACCGUGCUGCUGCCCAGUGGCCAAAACAUGAAUGCUGCCAAUCUACACGUGCUCAGUAGCGUGGCUGAGACACCACAGGCAAUUUUGGAACCAGUGCCACAGGGGACACUCUCUGUGUCCAAGUCCUCUUUGCCAAACAUGGCCAGUGAGAGUGAACCCCAAGCCAGCCACCUGGGGUCCCUUGGGGCCACAAAUUCAGCGCUUGACUCAGAAGAUGAUGAUGACGAAGGGGAGGAAAUGGAUGAUUCUGAACUGGACAGUUGGGAACCUGGACCGCUGAAACCUUUCAACCCUCAGUAUCUGUGGUGUGAGGAGUGCAGUAAUGCCCACCCCACGGUUUGCCAGAAACACGGGUCCCUGCACUCUAUCCCAGACCGCCUGGUGCUGUCCAAGGCCCGAGCCAGUAUGCCGCUUAUACUCUACCUUGACCGCUUUGGGGGCGGGGUCUACUCCAAGCGUCGCAUCCCUAAACGCACACAGUUUGGGCCUGUGGAGGGCCCGUUGGUGCGACAGAGUGAGCUUCGGGAGGGCUACAUCCACCUAAAGGUGAGCACGGUGACCUCGGCCAGAGAAGGGGAGCAGGGGGAGGACAAGUGGGUGGAGCUUUCUGACGAGGAGCGCUGUAACUGGCUGAUGUUCGUACGACCCGCCCAAAAUCACCUGGAGCAGAACCUGGUGGCCUAUCAGUUUGGUGCAGACAUCUUUUACACCACCAUCAAGAACAUCCAGCCCAAGCAGGAGCUCAAGGUAUGGUAUGCUGCCUCUUAUGCAGAGUUUGUCAACCAGAGGAUUCAUGACAUAACAGAUGAGGAGAGGAAAGUUCUCAGAGAGCAGGAGAAGAACUGGCCCUGUUAUGAGUGCAACCGACGCUUCAUGAGCUCAGAGCAGCUACAGCAGCACCUGAACAAGCAUGACGACAAGCUGGACUUUGUGCCAAGGGCUAAGGGGCGGGGUCGAGGGCGUGGCAGGAAGCGCUUCAGGUCCAGUAGGAGGCCAGGGCGGCCGCCCAAAUUCAUGCGUCAGGACAACCCUCCGGAGUUCAGUGAAGACAGGACACAGGAGAUGCUGGGAUUAUCAGGGAAGGUUCCGAUUUUGGAGGGAUCAGAAAGGGCUGUGAACGGGCUAAGAGAUGGUGAGCUCGGGGCCCAGGGAGGGUUCCUGGAUGCUGCUGAGCAAGAUGAUGCCCAAGACACCCCUGCUGAGCUGCCCCCUAGCAGUGAGCUCGCCCCUGUCACAGACUCCCCAGAGGCCCCUCUGCCAAAUACGGAUCCCCCCGAAGCCCUGAAGGAGGAUGUGGACCAGGCAAAUCAGUCGGACCCUCACCUCACCGGGGAGGACAUGCGGCGUGCCAGGAGGAUACGGAUGGAUUCGCAGAACGCGGCCCUGCAACACCUCUUCAUCAGGAAGACCUUUCGGCCAUUCAAGUGUCCCCAGUGCGGCAAAGCCUUCCGCGACAAGGACAAGCUGGACCAGCACCUGCGCUACCACGGCCGGGCCGGUGUGGGCAGCGGCCCCUUCAUCUGCCACGUCUGCGACAAGGGCUUCCUCAGCAGCGCCACCCUGGAGGGCCACCUGCGCCUGCACUCCGACCAGAAGACCUACCGCUGCCUGUUCUGCGCCGAGUGCUUCGGCCGCCUCGACCUGCUGAAGGCGCACGUGGGGGUCCACCAGGUGGACGGCCGCUUCAGCUGCCCCUCCUGCAAGAAGCGCUUCACCGACUUCAUCCAGGUGAAGAAGCAUGUGCGCAGCUUCCACUCGGAGAAGACCUUCCAGUGCACGGAGUGCGACAAGGCCUUCUGCAGGCCCGACAAGCUGCGGCUGCACAUGCUGCGCCACUCGGACCGCAAGGACUUCCUCUGCUCCACCUGUGGCAAGCAGUUCAAGAGAAGGGACAAGUUGACGGAGCACAUGCAGCGGAUGCACAACCCCGAGCGCGAGGCCAGGAGGGCCGACCGCGCCCACCGCUCCAAGGCGCUCAAGCCGAAGGCUCCGGCUGCCGACAUCGACAGCUUCAUGUUCAAGUGCCGGCUGUGCAUGAUGGGGUUCCGGCGGCGCGGCAUGCUGGUGAACCACCUGUCCAAGCGCCACCCGGAGAUGCGGAUCGAGGAGGUGCCCGAGCUCACGCUCCCCAUCAUCAAGACCAACAGGGACUACUUCUGCCAGUACUGCGAUAAGGUGUAUAAGAGUGCCAGUAAGCGGAAGGCCCAUAUUCUGAAGAAUCACCCGGGCUCCGCGCUGCCCCCCAGCAUCCGCAAGCUGCGUCCGGCGGGUCCCGGGGAGCCCGACCCCAUGCUGAGCACCCACACCCAGCUGACGGGCACCAUCGCCAUGGCGCCAGUCUGCUGCCCGCACUGCUCCAAGCAGUACAGCAUCAAGACGAAGAUGGUGCAGCACAUCAGGAAAAAGCACCCGGAGUUUGCACAGCUGGCCAACAGCAUCCAGGCGCCACUGCCAGCAGCUGUCAUUAGCACCGCCCCUGCUGUCAUUAGCACCGACGGCACCGCAGCUGAGACCGUGGUGACCACAGACCUCCUGACCCAGGCGAUGACAGAACUGUCCCAGACCCUGACUCCAGACUACCAGCGCAUCCAGUACAUCCCUGUGUCACAGACCCAGCCGCAGCACAUCCAACUGCAGGUCGUCCACAUGGCUCCAGCCCCCUCCCCCCACGCGUCUCAGCCUUCCACAGUGGAUGUGAGCCAGUUGCAUGACCCCCACAGCUAUGGCCAGCACUCCAUCCAGGUGGAGCACGUUCAGGUCACAGAGCCCUCUGCCACGGCGCCAGACACCGCCCAGGUCUCAGAUCAGCCGCUAAGCCCGUCCUCCCAGCAGGUGAACCAGGAGCUCAGCUCCACCCAGCUGACCCCAGUGACCCUGACCCAGGGCAGCACCCUACAGACCGCCGCAUCGCAGCAGCAGGGCACGGUGCAGCAGACAUACCUGGCAGGGAACUGGAACUACAGGAACUACCCCUCGGAGAUCCAGAUGAUGUCACUUCCUCACGCCCAGUAUGUGAUUGCGGAGGCUGGAACUCCAGUGACUAAUGUGAACAGCAGCCAAGUGAAGACAACACACUAUGUGAUCUCAGAGGGUCAGGCAGAACUGGACCCCAAAGCGGCCACUUUAGCACAGACAACUGCGCAGGUGCACCCAGACCAGAUUGAACAGCAGCCCACCGAUCCGCAAGCCACAACACAGUACAUCAUCACCACCACCACCAAUGGCACAGGAGCCAGGCGGGUCCACAUCACCAAACCGUGACCUUAACCCCCCCCGCUCCUUUGCACCUUCCAGGACUGAUGUGCAGCAGUCUCACGCUCUCAC